AUUUCCUCCCAUAUUUCACCUCCCUCCCGGGCCUUCCGGCACUGGGGCCGGCGGUAGAAGCUUAGAGUUGGGAAGAGCUAUUAUUACUGUGAUGCCAAAGGUGGUCUCGCGCUCAGUAGUGUGCUCGGACACCCGGGACCGAGAGGAGUACGACGACGGCGAGAAGCCUCUUCACGUCUACUACUGUCUGUGCGGCCAGAUGGUGCUAGUGCUGGAUUGCCAGUUAGAGAAAUUACCCAUGAGGCCCCGGGACCGAGCCCGGGUGAUUGAUGCAGCCAAACAUGCUCACAAGUUCUGUAACACAGAGGAAGAGGAGAGUGUCCAUCUCCGGAGGCUUGAAGGCAUAGAGCGGCAAUUCCGGAAGAAGUGUGGAAAGUGUGGCUUGCUGCUCUUUUACCAGCACCAGCAGAAAAAUGCUCCAGUGACCUUUAUCGUGGAUGGAGCUGUUGUCAAGUUUGGGCAGGGCUUUGGGAAAACCAACAUAUACAGUCAGAAACAAGAGCCUCCUAAGAAGGUAAUGAUGACUAAGCGUACGAAGGACAUGGGCAAAUUCAGCUCUGUCACCGUCUCCACCAUCGAUGAAGAAGAGGAGGAGAUUGAGGCUAGAGAAAUUGCUGACUCAUAUGCGCAGAAUGCCAAAGUGAUUGAAAAACAGUUGGAGCGGAAAGGCAUGAGCAAGAGACGGCUUCAGGAGCUGGCUGAGCUAGAAGCAAAGAAAGCCAAGAUGAAAGGGACCUUGAUUGACAACCAGUUCAAAUGAUGGGAGACCCUGCUUGGGGCUAAUUGCAACCUUCCUUGACACCGAGUACCACCACAACACUCAAACUGGAUCCUGUUUUCCAAAAUCUAAAGAGUUCUUCCUGCGCCAUGUACUCAUGAUCUAACAUCACUAAUCCCAACCUAGA